AUGGCCAUCGGUAUCUUCACCAAACCCUCUGCACUCGGCGUUAGCCACAGCACAAUCCCCAACGUGGGUCCCUGCCAGCAAAAUCGUUUCGACGAACUCGUGGUGCGACUCAAGGAUGCCCUUGGUCCAUCAUCGGGAUUGACUUCUGAUGAUGUUGAUGUUGACUUCCUUCAACAACUAAUGGAAGAAUAUGACGGCUCCGACAACAUGUGGAAGCCCUAUGCCUUCGGUGAUCGCAGUAGGGGAUAUACCCGCAAUCUCGUUGACGAAGGUAACGGCAAAAGUAAUUUGCUUGUUCUUGUAUGGUCUCCUGGAAAGGGGUCCCCUAUCCACGACCACGGCAACGCCCACUGCUUGAUGAAGAUUCUGAAGGGCAACCUCACCGAGACUCGAUACGCAUUUCCGAACGAUGAUGAAGAACAGAAACCAAUGAAGAUCAUUGGGGAAAGAACAUAUAAAGAAAACUCUGUCGCAUAUAUGGCAGACGAACUAGGUCUUCAUCGUGUAUCCAACAGGGGUAGCGACUUUGCUGUAUCCCUCCACUUGUACACUCCUCCCAACGUAGCUAAAAAGGGAUGCCAUAUCUUUGACGAGAAGACAGGACGGAAAAGCCAUGUACCAGGUUGUCACUACUACUCCGCUUAUGGGCGGCUGCUGAAGGAGUAG